CCGGUUGUUCAAAACAUUGGUUAGUGUUAACCAGUGGUUAAAUUCAUUAUCCGCUGGUUAAAUUUUGUCCGUUGGAUAAAUUCUGUUGCUCAAAACUUAUCCAACGGAUAAAAUGCCUUAUCCAGUGGUUAACUUUAACCAGUCCUAUGACCACCGGAUAACGCGCUUAACCAGUGGUUAAAUAUGGCUGCCUUUGACCUUCUAUACAAUGUGAACCAGAGGAAAAAGCGAGUUUUUCGAUUUAAAUCGUAUGAUUAUACGGAAGAUGAAAUUAUGCAACGGUUCCGUUUCUCUCCUGAAGGCAUUGAUUAUAUAUCAAAGAUUCUUGAUCCGUUUUUACGCCGGGAGACACAGAGAAAUAGAGCGCUGAGUGUGCAAACGCAGGUUCAAAUAGCUUUACGCUAUUUUGCCAGCGGUAGUCACCUGAGAGUUGUGGGUGAUGCUCUAGGAUAUGAUAUAUCUACAGUUUCAAGGACAGUAAGAGAUGUGUCAGAUGCAUUGUGCCGAAUUGGCCCAGCAUACAUUUGCUGGCCAAGCGAUAGUGAGAGGAGGGAGAUUAGAGAUGGUUUUUUUGGAAUUGCCGGGUUUCCUGGUGUGAUGGGUGCGAUUGAUUGCACCCAUGUCCGUAUACAGGGACCAUCAGAGUAUGAGAACAAUUACAUUAACAGGAAGGGGUUCCAUUCCAUCAAUGUUCAAGCUGUGUGUGACCACAGAGGUAAAUUUCUGAAUUUACUUGCAAAAUGGCCAGGAAGCUGCCAUGACAGCUUCAUACUUAGAACAUCAGAUCUUGCUGCAAAAAUGGAGAGUGAGCAUAGAGGUUUUGAUAUUGAUGGGGUUUUAUUAGGAGACAGUGGGUAUGCAUGCGGGAAAUACCUUGUGACACCAUAUGCCAGACCGUCUAACAUAUCACAAAAUAAGUACAAUCAGGCACAUACAAAGACGAGAGCUGUAAUUGAAAGAUGUUUUGGCUGGUGGAAAAGAAGAUUUGCUGUUCUUCAUAGUGAGAUCAGAAUGCAUCCAGAAAGAGUAAUUAAGGUGAUCAAUGCAUGUGGUGUUCUUCACAACAUAGCAUUUCACUUGAAGGAGCCAAUGCAAGGAGACCCUAUCGAGGAAGAGGAGAUUCAGUCUGAAGAGGAGGAUGCUGCUGGUGUUAGACAUGUGCGAGAUUUCAUUACAAAUAAUUACUUUAAUUAAAAACUCUAGAAAUGCAAAGUA